AUGGCAAACCUUCCCAAGGAGAUGAAGGCUCUCAGAUAUGAAAAGCCCGAAGAUUGGUCCAUUGUCACGGUCCCGCUCCCAGAGCUGCGCGACAGCGAUGUCCUCGUGCAGCACAUCCACGAGGGCGAGUUUAUCGCCAAGUUCCCCCUCAUUCCCGGCCACGAAACCGUUGGUGUCAUCGCCGCGCUUGGCAAGAACGUCAAGGGAUUCCAGAUUGGCGACCGAGUCGCUGCCGACAACAGCGAACUCUGCAACGAGUGCUUCUACUGCCGCCGUGGCCAGCUGCUGCUCUGCGAGAAUUUCAACGCCCAUGGCGUCACCAUGAAUGGCGGCUUUGCCGAAUACUGCGCAUAUCCCGCCGCCAAGGUGUUCAAGAUUCAGAACCUCAACUGGGUGGACGCCACCCUGCUCGAGCCCGCUUCCUGUGCCUGCCAUGGCUUGGAGAAGAUCCGUCCCAAGCUGGGUUCUCACGUUCUCAUGUUUGGCGCCGGGCCUACUGGUCUCAUGCUCGCCCAGCUUUUGAGGCAGAAUGGAGGCUGCCAGGUGACCAUUGCUGCGCCCAAGGGCUUGAAGAUGGACCUGGCCAAGAGCCUUGAUGCUGCGGAUACGUAUAUUGAGUUGUCGAGAGAGAGCCCCCAGGCCCAGUUUGACCAGCUCAAGAAGGACAACCCCUAUGGCUUUGACAUUGUUGUCGAGGCUACUGGUUCCGUCAAGAUUCUGGAAGACGCCAUCAACUACGUUCGCCGUGGUGGCACCCUCGUCGUCUACGGUGUCUACGCCAACGCCGACCGGGUCAGUUGGCCCCCUGCCAAGAUCUUUGGUGACGAAAUCACCAUUAUUGGGUCCUUUUCCGAGACGUACAUGUUCCCCGCCACCAUUGACUACCUCGACUCUGGAAAGGUCAAGACCAAGGGCAUUGUCAACAAGACCUUCAAGCUGGAGGACUUUGACAAGGCUCUUCAGAGCAUCAAGGACAAGACUGCCAUCAAGGCUGCCAUCGUAUUCGAGUAG